AUGUCGCCUCGACAUCUUUUGGUUGGAGCAGUCUUGCUCGCUUCUUCUAUGGCAUGGAACACAGACGUUCACAACCAGAUCGGCUUCAUGGCCGAGACUUUCUUCCUUCCCGAGACUUCAUCCGUUCUCGCUAAGAUACUCGAACCGCAAUACAACGGCUCCGUCGGACGUGCAGCAGCAUGGGCAGAUGCAUAUGCACAUACUGACGAAGGACGCUUCUCCUACCAGUGGCAUUGGAUAGACACGCACGACCAUGCGCCAGAACACUGCUACCUAGACUACGCUCACGAUUGCGCAAAGGGCGGAUGCGUUGUUAGCGCCAUUGCGAACCAAACGGGAAUACUGCACGAGUGUAUAAGCGGUGUGAAGAGUGGUUCGUGGAGUGGCGGCACCAACUUGACCUGCUCUUACGCGUUGAAGUGGGUCGCUCACUUCCUAGGGGACAUCCAUCAGCCUCUACAUGCCAACGGGAGGGCUGUGGGUGGGAAUACCUACAAGGUGACGUUUGGAAAUGUCUCGACCCAAUUGCACGCUGUAUGGGAUGGCUACAUACCGUACUUUGCGGCAAACGUCAGCAAGCCAUUUUCUAACCAGUCCAUUGAUCCAUUCUUCACCGGCCUCGUUUCUCGCAUCCGAAAGAAUCAGUUCUAUGAGGCACCAUACAUGUGGCUUGCCUGUAGUGAUCCUUCAAAACCAGAGGAGUGUGCAACACGCUGGGCAAAAGAGAGCAACAGGUGGGAUUGCGAUUAUGUGUACAGCCGAGUUCGCAAUGGCAGCGAUCUUGGUACAGAUGGGUACGCAACAGGCGCCGUUCCCAUUGUAGAGUUGCAGAUCAGUAAGGCCGCAUUUAGGUUGGGAACCUGGCUGAACAAACUUGUCGAGGGAAAUAGAUAUAGCCGGGAAGCACAGGAUAUCCUGGAGCUUUAA